CGGGCGAGGAAGGGGCGGGAGGGGGGAAGGAGGAAGGGAAGGGAAAGGAAAGGAAGGGAAGGGAAAGGAAAGGAAGGAGGGGAGGACGGAAGGAAGGAAGGAAGGAGGAGCUGAGGCGGCCGCGCACGGACCGGCGGGACCCGCCACGGGAGAUCCUGCGCGGCUCCCGCCGGGGCCGCCAGCCAUGCGCACGGCGGGAUGAAGCUGCAGGCGGUGGUGGAGCAGCUGCAGAAGCAGCAGCAGCAGCAGCAGCAGCAGCAGCAGCCAGCGGUGCCCAUGGAUUGCCGGGAGCGCCGCCGGGAGCCGCAGGUGCCCUUCCCGACACCGCCGCCCUUCCCCGGGCGCGCCCCGGCGGUGACCCCCGCUGUGCCCCCCGCUGUCCCUCCCGCGGGCAGAGCCCCCGCUGCAGCCGGCCGCGCCUUCGAGCAGAGCAACUCCGAGGAGGAGGAGGAGGAGGAUGAAGAGGAGGAGGAUGAAGAGGAGGAUGAAGACGGUGCUGAGCUGGAGGACGGCACCGCGCUGCCCGGCCGGCAGAGCUGCUCUGCCCUGCCGUGUUUCCGCGCUCCCAAAGGUGCCCACGCCAAGGGCAGGGCGGGCUGCGGUGCCAGCCCCGCGCUGGGCACCCAGCAGGGCAGGGAGGAGCCGGGCACAGACCCCGCCCAACGCUGCGCGGGCCCCGCGGGCCGCCCCGGCUGGCGCCCGGACGAGCAGCUCAAACAGAACGGCGGCGGCGGCAGCUGGAGCGACGAGGGCGACGGCGGCCGGGGCAGGGAGAUCUCCCGAGACUUUGCCAAGCUGUACGAGCUGGACAGCGACCCCGAGAGGAAGGAGUUCCUGGAUGACCUCUUCAUCUUCAUGCAGAAGAGGGGAACUCCCAUCAACAGGAUCCCCAUCAUGGCCAAGCAGAUCCUGGAUCUCUACAUGCUCUACAAGCUGGUGACAGAGAAGGGCGGGCUGGUGGAGAUCAUCAACAAGAAGAUCUGGAGGGAGAUCACCAAAGGCCUGAACCUGCCCACCUCCAUCACCAGCGCUGCCUUCACCCUGCGCACACAGUACAUGAAGUACCUCUACGCCUACGAGUGUGAGAAGAAGUCCCUGAGCUCCCCGGCCGAGCUGCAGGCCGCCAUCGACGGCAACCGGCGUGAGGGCCGGCGGCCCAGCUACAGCUCCUCGCUGUUCAGCUACUCGCCCUCCCCGCCCGGGCCUCCUUCCCUGCUGUCCCCCCCCAAAAUCCGCUUCCCCGUCAUCGGCGUGGCCGCCGGCAGCGCCUCCGGCAGCCCCCGCGUCUCACCGGCCCUCAGGAAAGGUGACGGCGUGCCCCUGACGGUGUCCAUGCCGAGCCGCGUGGCCGUGCCGGUGACGCUGGGUGGCCAGCAGGCCGCGGUGGCAGCCAGGACGGCCACGCUGGAGCAGCUGAGGGAGAGGCUGGAGGCGGGAGAGCCCCCGGAGAAGAAGGUGCCGCGCAUGACGGAGGAGGAGCAGCGGCUGGUGCAGCAGGCCCUGCAGCGCAACCUGUUCAGCAUGGCCCGGCAGGUCCCCAUGAAGAUCAAAAUCAACGGGAAAGACAAGGCCGACUCGGCGGCGGCGGCGCUGAACCUGUCCCCGAACGGCAUCGGCAGCAUCAACAUGUCCGUGGAGAUCAACGGCACCACCUACGCUGGGGUGCUGUUUGCCCAGAAGCCCGUGGUGCAGCUCCUGGCCGGCUCGGGCACGCAGAGCUCGUGCAGCAGCAGCUCCAGCAGCAGCUCCAGCAGCUCCCACUGCUCCCCCAGCCCUACCUCAUCACGGGGCACGCCCGGCGCAGAGCCCUCCACCAGCUGGUCCCUCUGACGGGCACUGCCCAGGAGUGCACACAUACCUCACCUCAAGGAACCUGCUCUCGUGGCUGCACAGCACCUGGCGGAUGAUGAUGAUGAUGAUGAUGAUGGUGGUGGUGGUGGUGGUGAAACCUUUCCAUGCCAGCGAGUUUUCCUUCAUCGUCUCUUUGUCCGGCCUUUUUUUGGCUUUGUUCCCCCCCUGUUUCCUUCCUCCCUUUUGCUCUUUGGUUCCUCCUCCUUGCAGGGUGUGUGGUGUUCCCAUGGAGGGGGGGCACACCUGGCGUUUCUCAAUCAGGGAUGGCUCUGGAGCCACAGCUCCUGGCCAGGACGUCACCAGGGCAGGGAAAGGGCCAGGACUGGGGCUGGAAACUGUGGUUCUGCUGGGAACCCUGGUCCUGCUUGAACUGUGGUCCUGCUGGAGCCCUGGUUCUGCUGGGAACCCUGGUUCUGCUGGAAUCCUGGUUCUGGAGCCCUGGUUCUGCUGGGAAGCCUGGUUCUGCUGGGAACCGUGGUCCUGCUGGAGCCCUGGUUCUCCUGCAGCCCUGGUUCUGCUGGAACCCUGGUUCUGCUGGAGCCCUGGUUCUGCUGGAGCCCUGGUUCUGCUGGAGCCCUGGUUCUGCUGGAGCCCUGGUUCUGCUGGAGGCCUGGUUCUGGAGCCCUGGUUCUCCUGGAGCCCUGGUUCUGCUGGAGCCCUGGUUCUGCUGGAGCCCUGGUUCUGCUGGAGCCCUGGUUCUCCUGCAGCCCUGGUUCUCCUGGAGCCCUGGUUCUGCUGGAGCCAGGGGCCACCAGGGCUCUUCCCACCCACAACUCCGUGUUUUGACAAUCCUGAGAGCCGGGGUGUGCCUGGCCCUGUCCUCCCGUGGCAAUCUGCUCCUGUCCCUUCCUGCUGUGUCCCCAUGUCCUCAGAGGAGAGUCCUGAGCCUCUCUCCUACACCUCUCCACGGUUCUGGCACCACCAGCUGCUCGGUUCUGGCUGGUGCCACCUCACCCCUCGAGUCCUGAGUGUCCCUGAGGAGUGACAACGGGGCCUGGGCGUGUUGGGGUUCCACGUUCCCCCCUCUGUCCCCAUGGCAGGGUCACUCAGGUUGGUGCAGGCUCCCUGGAGCAGCUCUGGGAGCUCUGCAGGGCUGCAGGUGGGGUGGUUAAUGUGGGCACAAACCCCCUGCCGUGGUACCCGAGCAGGGCAGACCUUCUGCUCCCAGGGAGGAGCAGAGCCCAGGGAAUCCAGCCCUUCCUGGCCCUGGGAGCCCUGGCUGGAAGCAGAGCUCUCUGUCCAUCAGCUGCUCAGGUGCUGUCCCUCUGCCCCCCUGGCCUUUCCCUAUGCCCUGCCCUGGUGCCAUCCCUGCCAUCCCUCCUGCCCCGGUGACGUCCUUCCCGUGCUGCAGGCCCGAGUCAGGUUUUUUGAGCAGAUGAAAUACCUCAGAUAUGUACUUGUUGGGUUGCUUUUGUUUGUGUUGGGUUGGUGUUUUUUUAACCUCUUCAGGAAGUAUUGGCAUAUCCUAUUGCUUGGGGGUUUUCGUAGGUGGGUUUGCUGACUUUGUGUUUGCUUUUAUUUCUGUUGGCUUUUAAACGCAUCACCAAAGACAGGGAGCUCAGACAAGGCUGAGCAGAGGAGCAGUGGCUUCCCCACCCUCCGGGAGCCCAUCCCAGGACAUGUGCAUGGCAGGACAGCAGGGUUGUCCUCGCUGUCACAGCCCCUGCUGCUUCCUGCCCCCGCAGCCCCCAGGGCUCUCUGGGAUCGGGAGGUGGGGAUGUCCUGGCAGGGAGGGAGGGAUGCUGCUCCGCGUGUCCCCAGCUGCCCUCCCUGUGGGCGGGGGAAGCCGGCCUGACCCGCAGGCUCCUUCCAUCCUCACAGACUCCCAGAGGAUUUUCCAGCCUCUGGGACUCAAUCAGAUUAUUCCCCCCCCCCCUUUUUUUUGGGGUUUUCUUUUGGUUGUUUUAUUUUAUUCUUGGGUGGGGUUGGGCUGUUUCCUCUGAGUGGGACUGGGGCACUUUCUGCUUUUCCCUCUGCUCUGUUCCCUGGCCCCGGGGAGCAGAGGCUGCUCCGGGGUGGGGCUGCUUUGUCUCACUUGCUAACGUUGUGUUUUCUUGCACAGAAAGGCACUCGAAUCACUGAACUGCUUGGACACUACUAGAGUAUUAAUGUUUAUAAGCUUUACUCAACCUAGACUGGAACUAGCCAGGGACUAACAGAUUGUUUUGUAUCCAAUUCAGGGAAAGAAUCAGGUCGGGAAGCGUAACAGAUACCUCAGUUAAAUAAGCUGCAACAAUAAACCGGUCCUUUUCCCAGCCCGGGGUGACAAGGACCGUCCAGACUGUGAAGAGUUAACCCUUUCCCUCAGCCUGGCUUUGGCCCUGGCAGCCUGAGCUGCGGGUCUCCUGCUGAGCUGCCAGGCUUUGGGCGUAGGGGGUGCUGGAAACCAGCAGCAGAGCGGGGGAGGCCGAGCGGGGGCCGCCCCAGCCCCGUGUCGUGUCGUACUCAGGGUUUGAUGCUGCCGGCAGGACGUUCCCGAGGGCAGCGCUCCGUCCUUCCCCCAGCUCCUCACACCAGCCGAAAAGCCCCGGCCAGCCCCCAGCUCGCUCCCCCGGCGCUUCCCGGGGGACAGAGCCAGCCGAGCCUGCUCCUGUGGCUGCGGGAGGGCAGCAGGGUGCGUGGGGUGAGGGGAGGCUGCGUGUGCCUGCUCCUUCCCAGGGGACUGCGGUCAGAUGUUCUCCCCAAACAGCUGCAGCAGCCUUGCUAACUAGUUUUCUUACCUAUUUAAAAGAGAAAAAAAAAUAAUAAAAUAAGUAAAUAAAAACAAAUGUGAUAGCCUAGGCGGUGGAUAAAUACCUCAACGUCUCCUUCCAACAAGUGUCUGUAUAUGUUGUUGUUGGGUUUUUUCUAUCUUACAGGUUAUCUGAAUGUUUAUAUUCCAAUAAACUUCUACCUCUUCACACCGUGA